UAAGAGUUGUCUUCUCAUUUUGUAGGUACAUUUGGUGGAAUGGAUGAAGAUGAUGGUUCAACAAAGACGUUCAGAAGAAGUGAUUGACCCGAACCUCAACACAAAGCCAUCUACAAGUGCCUUAAAAAGAACACUCUUGACUGCUUUGAGAUGUGUUGAUCCAUUGUACGAGAAACGACCUAGGAUGAGCCAAGUAGCGCGUAUGCUGGAAUCAGAAGAAUACCCAAUUCCUAGAGAGGAUAGAAGAAGACGAAGGAGCGAUAAUGGGACAGCAAGAGAUUCAGAUCCUCCUAGGAACAGUAUAGAGACUCAAGAGUGUAAAUUAUUGUAA